AUGUCAUCGAAACGUGGGAACAUUCCACGGCAGUUGACUGCUCUUUCAAGUGCCUGGACAACAAGGAUUAGUCAAGUAGCAGUGUGUGAUGUGCAGUUGGUGUGGUCGUAUGUAUCACAUGAGGGAUGGGAUGAAUACAGAGAUGGGUUUGGUGACGUGGCAGGCGACCAUUGGCUGGGGCUGGAGGCGUUUCAUCAUCUCACGAACCAGGGAAACUACUCCUUAAUGACCGAAGUCAGGGACAUGUUGACUGACACGUAUUUCUCGGACAUUCACGUGGGCUUUCGCGUGAGUUCGGAGGAUGAAGAAUACACCUUGGAUAUAACCCCUGGUGGGGUUGGGAACCUAUCUGCAAAUGGCACAUCUCAUAAGUGGAAUCGGUUUUACAAAUUCACCACUCUUGAUCGAGACAACGACAAGAAAGGAUUGGCUAAUUGUGCCGUGCUACACGGUGGAGGUGAGGUAGAUGGCGUUCACUGGAUAUACAGCCAUGGCAUGAAGAGAGCAGUUCAAGUGUACUGUGAACAAGGUGAGGUAGAUGGCGUUCACUGGAUAUACAGCCAUGGCAUGAAGAGAGCAGUUCAAGUGUACUGUGAACAAGGUUGGACUGUUCUGAUGCGGAGAACGAGUGACGAACUGAAUUUUACCAGAGAAUGGACCGAGUUCAGAAACGGGUUUGGUGACGUGGCGGGCGACCAUUGGUUGGGACUGGAGGCGUUCCAUCAUCUUACCAACCAGGGGAAUUACUCCUUAAUGACCGAAGUCAGGGACGUCUUGACCGACACUUACUUCUCUCACGUCCUCGUGAAUUUCACCGUAGAACCCGAGGAGACACACUACACUUUGGGCCAUUUUCCUCAGGGAGAGGGGAACUUGAGUAAUGGCGAGCCUUGGCUCUCUAUCCAAGGGAUGAAAUUUAGCACUUACGAGAGCGACAAUGACCUGAUAAAUAACCACAAUUGUGCAGAAUCGUACGCCGGUGGGUGGUGGUAUAAUUCAUGUUCAGAAGUAAGCCUCACCGGUAAAUACAGCACAGUAUAUGUAGCAGAAAAUUGCGCAGGUGAAUGUUUUUCCCGUUUCAAGCAUAACGGGAUACCUUACGGUAGCAAUGGCGACGGCGCCGUUCUGCUCCAUUGGGCAGUUAUGAAGAUAAAACAAGUUUAGGGUCUCUGGGUUUAACUCGCCAACCAUCAAGGUGACGUAA